AUGAUGAGGCUUACCCAUGCCGCCACUACACGAACCCUGCUCGUCCCUGCUGCGCAAGGGAGAUUCCGACUCUUUGACAGCUUGGCCAGUGAAAUAGAAGUGGACUCGGGGGACACUGCUGUCUUUGGUGACUGCUAUGAAACCGAACAUGAUGUGAUGGAGUCCCUCUCCCUACGCCGCGACCUCCGUAACCCUGGGAACCCGCCGUUUGGACUGUGGUGGACUUACACCGUUGAAGAGACAUUGCUCUUGCCGAUCCUCAAUUUCAAGGGAAACGUGAACCUCAGUCUAGAUGUCGUUAUGCUUGGCGCUCCGGGAGGAGAUGAUUCCGACAGCGAGGAUGCUGCUGCUGAUGGUGACGAUGAUGGUGACGAAAUGGCUAGUCAGGACUUCAUGGCAAGCAACAACAGACGCGUGGGAACAUAUGCUUCAAUCGGCAGCGUCCAAAAUCCCACCAGAGGCGAGUUUCGAGGUCUGGAUGAUGGCAAUGUGAUUCCAGAGUUGAUUGAUAGCUUUCUCAAGAACGUCCACGUCAAAUACCUUUUUCUUGAAGCUACUCAGCUACGGACCCAAGCAGCCAAUGCCAUUGAGAACGGGAUUGGCUGGGAUACAGCAUCAUGCAAAGUUCUCCUUGCUUGUGCCCUUGGUGCGAUAUCAUCUCCCUGGGACAGCGAUACUAUCUAUGACUACACCACCAGAGAGCCGUCGGCGGAACGGUUUGCGGUUGCGCAAGAAUAUUUCUUGGCAGCGCAGAAGCGUUUAGGCCCCCUAUACGCCUCUUCGUCUCUGGAAGCAGCGCGUUGCCUGUUUAUGGCAGGCAUGUACUACAUUUCCCGAAGUAUGGAGUCGCGACUUUAUUGGAGCUCCUUUAUGGCCGAAAGGGAGGUAGCAUGUGAAUUUGGCAUGGAGACGAGUGGCCUCAACGUGAUCGCCUACUUGACAUCUCUCCCGUCACCACCUAGUGGUCAGGUAUACACCACAGGGCAAGCUGGAGAGGCAUCUCAAGACACUGCUCCCACCAUUCAAGAUGAAAGAUCCUGGUACUUUUUCCUAACACACAUUAUGCUCCGGAAAGUGGAAGUACGCAUCGACACCUAUACCCAGGCUAAGCGACGAGAGGCAUACCGUCGAGCUGGCGAGCCACCGGAAGAUUUCUUUCGCGGCCUAUAUGAGGCAAAUUUUGAGUUUGAUUACCAGCUCAUCCGCUAUUACGAGUCACUGCCACCGAGUCUGCGAUUCUCCCUCGACGAUACAACCCCAUGCGCCGAUGAGCUCUGCCAUUACCUUAAGUGGCGGGUACAUGACGUCCGACACGAUAUAUGCGAGCCCUCUUUCUACGCCUUGCUUAACUAUGACGUUUCUCACUGGUCCAGUAAGCUUGUGGACGGGCUCAUUACGCACGCCAACACUAUGCUUAGGCUGGAUAUAGCGCUCCUCUGGGCUGCCGGCUCCACUCAUCGAGCUGCCAAUACUUGGCUGGCUCUGCGCAAAGGCGUCAGAGCUGGCCUUAUACUCAUCGCGGCACGGAGGCUCAAGGCGCAGGCUCGGCGGGAGCUUAUGGGACUUCAGGUUCCGGAUGAUGAGUCAUGUCUAAGGGCAGCCCAGGCCCUGGUCAGAGGGCUGAAGCACUGGGCAUCGGAGUCCAGAGACUGCUUGAGCAAUCUGGACAUGCUUCGGAACUUGCAUUCCGACUUUAGAGACCAAUGA